AUGGUCAUACCGCGUCCAGGUACAAACCCCACGAGACGACCUUGUAUUAAGCUAAUGGGCAGAAACUUGAAAAUCACCAAAACGUUGAAAUACCUUGGAGUCACGUGGGACCAAGGCUUGACCUGGCUACCACAUCUACAAGAAGUCAAAGUCAGAACAGCUAACAUUGCAAAGAAAGCCAGGCAGUUUCGGGGACAAAACUGGGGGCAGAACCCUUACAUUCAAAAACUGCUCUACUUGACGGUUGCAGAAAGGAUUGUACUCUAUGCCUCAGCUAUUUGGGCACUACCAAUGAGCAGCCGUAAAAUAAAAGCCCUGUCAGCAAUUCAAAGACCUUUUGCUCUCAACAUUAGCAAGGCAUAUAGAACAACCGCGACAAAUGCAGCACUUGUGCUUACCGGGCUCACACCCCUUCACAUCAGGGCCAAGUUAGAAGCAAUAUAUGAGCGGGUAAUAAGAUUAAAGGAGAAUGCUGCACUCGACACCACAGUCUUCAGCACGCUGCAGUACGAAACACCAGGCAGCACACAGCACGUGCACCCAGCACAUAAAAACUCGGGCAUACACGUCAAAAUAGCAAAGAGAUCUACGCCGCGAAUAGAGGAUGUACCAGUCGCCUCGCAAUUCUACACAGAUGGCUCCAAACAUGAUAACGGAGUGGGUUGUGCUUAUGCUUAUUAUGAGCAUGGUACACUUCACAGUCAAUGGAAAGGUCAUCUUGCAGCUCACAAUAGUAUCUUCCAGGCGGAGGCCAUAGCAAUUGAAGCGGCAAUACAGUACGCACAUGACAUACAACUUGCACGAACAGAAAUCUGCACAGACAGCAUGUCAGUGCUGCAGGCAUUAAAGAAUCAUCAUCACACAUCUCCCAUAAUCCUGCAAAUCCAACAGACAUUGCAUAGCAACCAGCAAUCUAACAUCAAGCUAAAAUGGGUAAGAGGCCACUCUGGGAUCGCAGGCAAUGAGAUGGCAGAUCAACUGGCCAAUGAGGCAGCAAUCAACAAUAAUGCACAGGCUGUCUCAGCACUAAUCCCGCCGUCAUUUUUAAAAAGACAACUAAGAGACAUAGGGAAUAAACAAUGGCAACACGAAUGGGAGAAUGGAGAUACCGGCAGAAGGACUUUCGAGUUCUACCCUGUAGUAGAUAAAGAACGCUUACAGGCCAUACCCCCUUUAGUAAACUAUAUCACGGGGCAUGGCCCUUUUCCCACCUUCUUUUAUAAGCGUGCUAUUUCCAUGACAGAAGCGUGUGUGUGUGGGGAAAUUGGCUCCCCCGACCACUACUACGUGUUCAACUGUAGCCUCACGACGAGCCAUCACCUACCAUAUCCCACUACGGAUAUAGUACCUUACAAGAGGUUCAUCAUCAAACACGCACCUGCGAUAAGAAAUAUAUCGUUCUCCCAAGCGGGGGAUGAUGAUUGGCCUAAUGAUUGA